AUGAGGAAAACCUCCGAGGAUUGUCUCACUUUGUCUCUAGACUGGAAAGUAGAAGAUGAGGACAUCACACAGUAUAGUCCAGGAGAAAACCCGGCUCCCUCCAAUGUCCAUCCGGCACCACCCAGUGUAGAUGGACCAUCGGAUUCCUCGUAUCCUGAGGAACCUCAGACUGUGCGGGACCGGGCUGACUUUCUAACAGGGAAGAGGUUCUCCUGUACUGAGUGUGGGAAGAGGUUCUGUUCUAAAUCUGGUCUUAAUGUGCAUGAAAGAUCUCACACGGGGGAGAAGCCAUAUUCCUGUCCUGAUUGCGGGAAAUGUUUUUCAGUGAAGUCCCAUCUUUACAGACAUCAGAGAUCUCACACAGGUGAGAAGCCAUAUUCCUGUCCUGAGUGCGGGAAAUGUUUUUCACAGAAGUCCCAUCUUUACAAACAUCAUAGUUUGCACACGGGUGAGAAGCCGUAUUCCUGUCCUGAGUGCGGGAAAUGUUUUUCAGCGAAGUCCAGUUUUUCUAGACAUCAGAGAUCUCACAAGGGUGAGAAGCCGCAUUCCUGUCCUGAGUGCGGGAAAUGUUUUGUAGAAAAAUCAAAACUUGUCAAACAUCAGAGAUUUCACACUGGGGAGAAGCUACUUUUCUGUCCUGAGUGA